AUGAUUUCAACAAUCGGCACAACAACAAUUCAAACAACAGCACCAAACUCGUUAGUUAUGAAUCCUACGUCAAUGUUAGUAGAAAUGAAAAGCUUUAUUCCUUCUUCAUAUACUUUUGAAACAGAAAUCCAGAAGAUAAAGCAAGAACUUUUAACAAGUAAUUUAGACUGUACCGCACAGGAUGAAGAAAAUGAAGAAUAUCUUUAUGAAAUGCAGGACAUUAUUGACCAUUUGCCUAAACUACCUGAAAUCCAACAACAAAAACUCACUAUUCCUGAAUUUGACGAAAUUGAAGUCAAACCAACUGACUCAGUAGAAAUAAAGAAGUUCAUACGAAAGGUAAAUUAUGAAUUCCUUGGUUUUCAUUGCAACCAUAAAGUUAUGGACAAAGAUUGCGAUAUGGUAUAUAAGAAUGUUAGUUAG